UUUGAUCUGGGUGGAAAAUUAGUUACUUUAUAGUGGGAAGAUAAACAAGAGCAUGCACUAGCCUGGAGAUACACCGACACCUGCCGGCGGCUCUUAGAGCUUGUGGGGAGUCUGGAGGAGUUGCAGGUUCCAGUCUCUUUGAGGUCCGCGGGACCUGUGGGGACCUGGCUUUUUCUUGGUUGAAGUAAUUUCCGGGGCUGAGAUCCUACUUUCCCUUAUUCCGAGGUGCAGCCCGGAAUAAACAUCCCGGAUUACUUGGGGUGACCUCUGUCCCCAUCACAAGGGGCCUAAAGCCGGGGAGACCCAGUAGAGGGGACUCGAUGCAGGCGCCUCCCCUCCCACGAGUUCAGCAGCCCAGGCGGGAAUCCUGUGGUUGGGGGCGCGGCCCUCCGCGGGGUCCAGUUGCAGGGAGUGAGGGUUCCCAGCAGGUGCAGUUUGGUGCGGCCGAGGGCAUCUUUCAGGGCCAGAGCCCAGAGACGGCCUAGAAGAAGGGUUAACCUUUCUUGUGCCUGGAAGACGACUUCCGAGCGGCCGAGCACUCCCAAGGGUCUGCAUUCGGUGGCGGGGUACAAAGCUAUGACAGCAGAAGGCUGCCUGAAUGGAGCGCCGGGGAGCCUCUAGGAAGAGCCUCUGUGCUACACCGCGCAGAGGGUUCUGGGAGUUGUAGUUCGACCUUGUUUCCGGGCUUGCGGGUCUUGGCCCCGCUGGCUAGAUGCCUGUCUCUCGCCUGGCUUCCUCGGUGGUGUCUAGUGUGAGAUCGAGCCUGGGGUGGAGGAGGGCUGAGCACGGGUCCUCUAAACCCGAGUGGCUGGAGGGAGGGCUCAGGGAGGCCCCCGGAUAGGCGCCCGGCGGCCCGGUGAGGUCGCGCGCGCUCCCGGGCCUCUGGGUGGACAGAGCAGUGGACCCUGGCCUCGCGGUGGGGGUCUCCUGCACGGCCCAGGGAGGGAGUCGCCGUUGAGCCUGUGCGCAGAGGGUCACUUUCUGAGGACUCAAACCUCCAUGCUGGGAACCGAGAAGAAAAGGGGGUGCUCAUUGUGCUGCUGAUCCCUGCAGCCCUGGAGUCGCUCAUGAUCAUGGAUAUGGCUGAGGCUCUCACCCAGUGGGGACAGCUGAACCCUCCACAGGGAGAUGUGCCUGAGAAGCAUAGGAAUCUGGUCUUGCUGGGGCUUCCCAUUUCCAAGCCUGAUGUAAUCUCUCAGUUGGAGUCUGGGGAGAAGCUGGAGAGAGAAGCCUCAAAAGGCACAAAUCCAGACUGGGAGAUAAAACCAGAAGGCAAAGAGUUAACUCAAGAACAGGAUGUUUCUGAAGAAAAGUCAUCCCCUGGGAUGUUAAUUGAAAGAUUUCCAAAGGAAGGUGACAGUGGAUGUGAGGAUUCUCUAGAGAGUCAGCAGGAAAACCACGAGAAACAUUUAAUACAAGAAGUUGUCAGUCAGAAGAAAUCUGGAGAGAGAAGUUACCAGUGUGAUGAAUUUGGAAGAAAUUUUGGCCGGAGGUCAUUACUUGUUCAACAGCAAGGAGAAAGACUACGUAACUGUGAUUUGUUGAAAAAGAACCUAAAACAAAAUUCAGAUCUAAUGAGGCAUAAGAGAAUUUGUGCAGGGAAAAAACCCUGGAAGUGUAAUGAGUGUGAGAAAGCCUUUAGUUACUACUCAGCUUUUGUUUUGCAUCAGAGAAUUCACACAGGAGAAAAGCCCUAUGAGUGUAAUGAGUGUGGCAAAGCCUUUAGCCAGAGCAUACACCUUACUCUCCACCAGAGGAUUCAUACCGGAGAAAAGCCCUACAAAUGUCACGAAUGUGGGAAAGCCUUUAGUCACCGCUCAGCCCUUAUUCGGCAUCACAUAAUUCACACUGGAGAGAAACCCUAUGAAUGCAAUGAAUGUGGGAAAGCCUUUAAUCAGAGCUCAUAUCUCACUCAACAUCAGCGAAUUCACACUGGGGAGAAACCUUAUGAGUGUAAUGAAUGUGGGAAGGCCUUUAGCCAAAGCACAUUUCUUACCCAGCAUCAGGUUAUUCACACUGGAGAGAAACCCUAUAAGUGUAAUGAAUGUGGAAAAGCUUUUAGUGAUCGUUCAGGCCUCAUCCAGCACCAGAGAACUCAUACUGGGGAAAGGCCUUAUGAGUGUAAUGAAUGUGGGAAAGCCUUUGGCUACUGUUCAGCCCUGACUCAACAUCAGAGAACUCACACAGGGGAGAAACCCUAUAAAUGCAAUGAUUGUGCCAAAGCCUUCUGUGACCGCUCAGCCCUCAUCCGUCACCAAAGAACACAUACUGGAGAGAAACCUUACAAGUGUAAUGAUUGUGGGAAAGCCUUCAGCCAGAGUUCAUCUCUCACAAAGCACCAGAAAACUCACACUGGAGAAAAACCUUAUAUGUGUAAGGAAUGUGGAAAAGCCUUCAGCCAGAGUUCAUCCCUUUCUCAACAUCAGAAAACUCAUGCUGAAGGGAAAACCAAAGAAUAUGGAAAAGUUUUUAGUGAGCAUUUAGAAUUUGGCCAGCAAAAUAGAAUUCAUAAUGGUUAAAGACUGUACAUUUUUUUCCUGGAUGUGACUAAUCAUUCUUGAGGGGGAAAUUGUUGAUUGAGAUAACUACUCAGAUGAUUACUCACACCCAGGGAAAAAUGAGGCUUGUGAGUUAGCCAGUCACAAAGUUCCCAUGAGAGCAGCUUCCCCUGAAUCCACAGAACAUUGGCCUGGCAGUUCACUUUUGUGCUUUGUGUCUUUUAGACCUUGCUUAUUUAGAUAUCUACUGAAAAUCACGUUAAUUACCCUGGUCAGACCUGUAGCCUAGAAAGGGGUAGUACAGAAGAGUCUUUGAUGUUUUCUGUCUGUUUCAAGCUGAGUUUCUUGACAAUGUGCUUAUUUAUAAAGAUUUACCUUCAUUGUAUGUAGUUUGUACUUUAGACUUUUUCAUACCAUAGUAAAAUUUAGUUCUAGGCCUGAACUGACACUGAAUAUUAGGUUGUGAAAAUUUGAAAAGACUUUGAAAUACUUGCCUUUCACCAUUUUAUUCUUGGGUAGAGGAAGAUGAUAUGUUUGAAUUGAAACUUUGAAGGUUAUUGCUAAAAUGUUUUGAGUGCUGUUUUUAGUUUUCACAUUUGACUAAGAUGUUUCUUUGUGUGGAUUUCUUUGAAUUUAUCCUGUUUGCUGAGCUUGAAUCUGUAGGUUUAUGUCUUUUGCUAAAUUGGGGGAAUUUUCAGUUAUCAUUAAAUACAUUUUCAGCCUCCAUUCCCACACCUUCUCUCCUUCCAGGAUACUGAAACAAAUGUUAGGACUUUGCUUGUAAUAUCACAGGUUCCUGAAACUCUGUUUAUUGUUUUUCACUAUAUAUUUAUCAUAAUCUCCUCAGGCUGUCAUUAAAAUAAAAUUUCAUAGACUAGUUGGUUCAAACAACAGAAGUUUAUUUCUCAGAAUUAUGGAGGCUGGAAGCCCACGGCUUCAGUCUCUGGUGCUGGAUCUCUUCCUGGCUUUCUUGCCUGCUGUAUCCUUGCAUGGCCUUUCCUUGAUGUAUGCCUGUGGAAAGAGGCAAGAUCUCUCUUCCUUUAAAGGCCACCAGUCCUAUCAGAUUAGGACCCUAACCUUAUGACCUCAUUUAACAUUAAUUACCUCCAAAAAAUCUUUCCUCCAAAUACUGUCACAUUUGGAAAUAGCAUUCAACAAGAAUUUGGGAGGGACACAAUUCAUAGCAUUUGCCCCUGGCCCCCCAAAUUCAUGUUCUCACAUGCCAAAUAUAUUCAUUUCAUUCCAACAACUCUCAAAGUCUUAACUUAUGCUGGCAUCAACUCUAACGUCCACAGUUUCACCAACAUAUCACGUAAAGUAGGUAUGAGUGAGACUCAAGGUAUAUUUCAUCCUGAGGCAGAUUCGUCUUCAGCUGUGAACUUGUGAAACCAGACCAAUAGUGGGGCAGGCACAGGACAGAUGUUGCACUAUAAAAGGGGAAGGAAGGAAAAUGAAGGAAGGAAGGGAGGGAGGGAAAGAGGGAAGGAAAGGGAAGGAAUGAAGGAAGGAAGGAAAGAAGGAAGGAAGGAAGAAGUAAAAAGGUCCCAAGCAAUUCCAAAACCCAGAGGGGCAAUUCCAUCAGAUCUUUAUGCCUUACCUUCCAGAUUCACUGAAGCAGGGGUUCCACCUUCACAAUUCUCUGCUUCAGUAGUCCUGCCACUGAGACUGGUCUGGGCAGUCCUACCCCCCAAAGCUUCAGUGUUAGGCCAUGUGGCCUGUUGACACUUCAGUGUAUCCCCACCUGUUGGAACUAAAGAGGUAGCCUGAGGGUCUCUGAAUCUAUUCAGUCAUUCUUUCCUUGCAGCAUAGGGCUCUGCUAUAUGGUCCUGUAGGAUCUAAGAAGUCUGACAGCCUGACUUCAUCUUGUCUAGUGUUUUCUGUCCCCUUUAGUACCAACUGGCAGUGUUUCUGAUGGUUUAAUCCCAUCUCUAUUCCUGGCUUCUACUGAGAUGGUUGAUUAAACCCACGAGUCACACCCAGGAUCUCUAUAAAUGACCCUUCAGCCACAGCUAUUCUCAUUUUGCAAUGGGGAUAGACAGAAUUUUCCAAAUCUCCAAGUUCUUUUUCCUUUUUUGCUUAACAAUUGUUUCUUCAAUUCACCUCUCUCCUCUCACAUUUUACUAUAAACAGGUAGACCCAAGCCGCACCUUUAAUAUUUUGCCUACAAAUCUGCUGAAUACCCAGUUUCAUUGCUCCCAAGUUCUCUCUUCCACAAAACAGUGGAACACCAUUCAGCCAAGGAUGCUGCCACUUUACAAGGUGAAUUGCCUUUCUUCCUGUUUCCAUUUCUGUCUGACACCUCAUCAGAUUGGCCUUUAAUACACCGUAAAACCCUUUCAGCCUCCAACCGUUACCCAAUUCCAAAGCUACUUUAACAUGGUUAGGUAUUUGGUAUAGCAGCACCCAAAUCUGCCUUAGUCUUGUUGGGCUGUCAUACUACAGACUGGGGGCUCAAACAACAGAUAUGUAUUUCUUACAAAUCUGGAUACUGGAAGUUUUUGAGAGCAAGGUACCAGCUGAUUUAGUUUUGGUGUUCCUGGCUUACACACAGCCACCCUACUACUGUGCCCUCAUAGCCCUUUCUCAGGACAUAUGUGUAGAGAGAGAGAGAGAGAGAGAGAGCAAGUGCUCUUUUCUUAGAGGACACCAACCCUCUCAGAUUAGGACCCACAGUUAUGAACUUUUAAAAU